AUGUCCGCCGUAAUAUUGGCAUAUUUUGUAUUCGUGAUCCAGGUAGUGGUUGUCAAUGCUGUCAAGCUCGACCAGUUGAUUGUAUACCAAAUAACCUUUCAGCCGGUGCUCGUCGUUGAGGUGGUCAAUAACGUGGUACUCGCGGAGAACCAUAUGACAAACCGAGCAUUCUCGCAAGCCAACCAACAGAUUGUCAGAGGCAUUGAAUAA